GGUGACACAGAUUUCCCAGCGUUUACGCCGCGUUCGAAUACUACUAAAGAGAAACCGAAAAAUGAUGAACGGACAGAUUAACGGUUUCCACAACUCUCUCAUUGAGGAGGACUGCUUCUUGUUUACAUCCGAGUCCGUUGGAGAAGGCCAUCCAGAUAAGAUUUGCGACCAGAUAAGUGAUGCAGUGUUGGACGCUCACCUGAAGCAAGACCCAGAUGCAAAGGUGGCUUGCGAAACUGUUGCCAAAACUGGAAUGAUUUUGCUGGCUGGAGAGGUGACAUCCCGUGCUGUUGUUGACUAUCAGAAGGUGGUCCGAGACACCAUAAAACACAUCGGCUAUGACGACUCAACCAAGGGCUUUGAUUAUAAGACCUGUAAUGUGCUGGUGGCUCUGGAGCAGCAGUCUCCAGACAUCGCUCAGGGCGUUCAUUUAGAGCGAGACGAGCAGGACGUUGGGGCUGGUGAUCAGGGUUUGAUGUUCGGCUACGCCACCGAUGAGACAGAGGAAUGUAUGCCACUCACUAUUGUGCUCGCUCACAAACUUAACUCUAAGAUGGCUGAACUGCGCCGCAACGGGACCCUGCCCUGGCUCCGUCCAGACUCCAAAACUCAGGUGACCGUGCAAUACAGACAGGAGCAUGGAGCUAUGCUGCCCAUUCGUGUCCACACUAUCGUCAUCUCUGUGCAACACGAUGAAGACAUCUGCCUUGACGAGAUGCGCGACGCUCUUAAAGAUAAAGUCAUCAACACUGUGGUGCCCUCGAUGUAUCUGGAUGACGACACCAUCUACCACUUACAGCCCAGUGGACGCUUCGUCAUCGGAGGCCCUCAGGGUGAUGCCGGUCUGACUGGACGUAAGAUUAUUGUCGAUACCUACGGAGGCUGGGGAGCUCACGGUGGAGGAGCGUUCUCUGGAAAGGACUACACUAAAGUGGACCGAUCUGCUGCAUAUGCUGCCCGCUGGGUGGCCAAAUCCCUGGUGAAGGCAAAACUGUGCAGACGUGUACUUGUGCAGGUCUCUUACGCCAUUGGAGUGGCUCAUCCUCUCUCCAUUUCCAUCUUCCACUACGGCACAUCCCAAAAGAGCGAGCAGGAGCUGCUUAAAAUUGUCAAGAAAAAUUUCGAUCUUCGCCCAGGAGUCAUCGUGAGGUAAAGACGGCUCCUUUGAUGGACUUUCAUGUGUCUUGAAUUUCAGCUUAAGACAAAGCUCGGCGAAUCAUUCCUUUCUUUUCUGCUUCUCUCUGUGCUUCCUUUUCAUUGGGUGUUUGCAUCUUUCGAUUAUUUCUGACAGAUGAUAAUAGCUCUUGAACUCACUUUCAGUUGUACAUAGUAAUUAUUACAAUUAACAGCAAAGCAUAGCAUCACUAAUGAAGCUUAAUUGGCUCUGAACAGCAUUUUUUAGACUCGUGAAGAAGUAUUUAGCUGGUGUUUGCUUUUAGACUUGCUCUUUAUUUCAUGCUGCAGUUUCCUCCUUCAGGUUAAAGGUAAGUCACUGCUUUAUCAUCCCUUCUCUUCUCUUGCUGGCUGUUCAAAUGCACCCUGAUCGUUUUUUAAAUGCACACAUUCAUCAGUGUCAAUAAUCCAUUGGCAUUGUGUUUUAGGGAGCUGGAGCUGAAGAAGCCGAUAUAUCAGAAGACCGCUGCUUACGGCCACUUUGGUCGUGAGUCCUUCUCUUGGGAAGUGCCUAAAAAACUGCACUACUAAACCUUUUGUCAAGGUUUUUCCUCUAUAAGCCUGUUGGUGUAAUCUACAGAGAAGCCCACAUGACUUACGAGGAGAAGUCUAUUUCUGGUACUACUGGUCCAUCUGAUUUAAACUGUUUCCUCUCAUUUUCCUCCCAUACUGCAUCACUCGUUUCAUUUCUAAUUGUAGAGUUUAUUUCGUUUCAAAUGUGAUUACACUCAGAAAGAAAGGUACAAAAGCUGUCACUUUAUGGUGUCUUUUAAAAAAGUAUACUUAUGUACUUAAAGGGUAUGUUAGUGCCUCAAGGAUCCAUAUUGGUACCCUUAAAAUUGUAUAGUAGUACCUCAAUGAUAAUAACUCAAGGAUCCAUAUUGGUCCCUUAAAGUUAUAUAUUAGUACCUCAAUGAUCCAUAUUGUCAUCUUAAAAAGUUAUAUAUUAAAACCUCAAGGAUCCAUAUUGGUGCUUUAAAGUUAUAUAUUAAUACCUCAAGGAUCCAUAUUAGUACCCUUCAAGUUAUGCAUUAAUACCUCAAUGAUCCAUAUUAGUACCUCAAGGAUCCAUAUUGGUACUCUCUUAAAGUUAUAUAUUAGUACCUCAAGGAUCCAUUUUGAUACCUUAAAGUUAUAUAUUAGCACCUUAAGGAUCCAUAUCGGUACCCUUGAAGUUAUAUAUUAGUACCUUAAGGAACUAUAUCGGUACCCUUGAAGUUAUAUAUUAGUACCUUAAGGAUCCAUAUCGGUAUCCUUAAAGUUAUAUAUUAGUACCUUAAGGAUCCAUAAUGGUAUCCUUAAAGUUAUUUAUUAGCACCUUAAGGAUCUAUAUCGAUAUCCUUAAAGUUAUAUAUUAGUACCUUAAUGAACUAUAUCGGUACCUUUGAAGUUAUAUAUUAGUACCUUAAGGAUCCAUAUCGGUAUCCUUAAAGUUAUAUAUUAGUACCUUAAUGAACUAUAUCGGUACCCUUGAAGUUAUAUAUUAGUACCUUAAGGAUCCAUAUCGGUACCCUUGAAGUUAUAUAUUAGUACCUUAAGGAACUAUAUCGGUACCCUUGAAGUUAUAUAUUAGUACCUUAAGGAUCCAUAUCGGUAUCCUUAAAGUUAUAUAUUAGUACCUUAAGGAUCCAUAAUGGUAUCCUUAAAGUUAUUUAUUAGCACCUUAAGGAUCUAUAUCGAUAUCCUUAAAGUUAUAUAUUAGUACCUUAAUGAACUAUAUCGGUACCCUUGAAGUUAUAUAUUAGUACCUUAAGGAUCCAUAUCGGUAUCCUUAAAGUUAUAUAUUAGUACCUUAAUGAACUAUAUCGGUACCCUUGAAGUUAUAUAUUAGUACCUUAAGGAUCCAUAUCGGUAUCCUUAAAGUUAUUUAUUAGCACCUUAAGGAUCCAUAUCGGUAUCCUUAAAGUUAUAUAUUAGUACCUUAAUGAACUAUAUCGGUACCCUUGAAGUUAUAUAUUAGUACCUUAAUGAACUAUAUCGGUAUCCUUAAAGUUAUUUAUUAGCACCUUAAGGAUCCAUAUCGGUAUCCUUUAAGUUAUUAUUAGCACCUUAAGGAUCUAUAUCGGUACCCUUGAAGGUAUAUAUUAGUACCUUAAGGAUCCAUAUCGGUACCCUUAAAGUUAUAUAUUAGCAUCUUAAGGAUCCAUAUCGGUACCCUUAAAGUUAUAUAUUGUACAUAAAGGUUCCAUAUUGUGCCUUAAACAUACAUAUUAGUUAGGGAUGCAUGAUAUAUCUGCGGCUAUAUCAUUAUUGUUUAAUAAAUGCAGUUUUUUUUAUUUAAUUUUUUUUAUGAAUUUUCCUCAUCAGCCCAAUAUCAAAAUUAGGCCAACAUCUUUAAGCUGAUAAAUGAUGUAUUAUUUCUGUUGGUUGGAUCACUUUAUGUGCUUUUUCAUUUGAUUUUGGUUAAAGUUCAGUGACUUGGUUGCUGUAUUUAUACACUAUUUUAUUCACGAUUUUAGUAUUUUUUUCAUAAUAUUACGAGUUAUUGGGCAACAGUCAUAUAUUGUAUAUCAGUGCAUCCCUAAUAUUAGUACCUAAAAAGUACAAAAAAGUAACUUUUGAAAGGAAACUGCCCUCGUGACCACUUUCACACCUUUAUUUCCGAGAGUGUAUUGAUCAUCAGCAUUAGCAUACUAAAUGAACGUGAGAAUUUUUUUAAUGUAAGGAUUGUAAACUAUUAAGUAUUAAUUACACAAAUGCAUCACAACCACUGUAUUAUAAGCAUUCCCAAUCAUUUUUAGUGUUUGUAAAGGAUGUGUAUUAUUUAUUUGUACUGUCACACAUGUAUUGACCUCUGUGUUCUCCUAUACUAUAUGUCGCUCUACUUUCCUAGUGCUCUGUGGUUUUCUAAGUGUCAUACAGAAAAACUUUGCUUGCUGCAGGGCCUGGGUGUGCAGUGCCAUUUAUUUUGGCCAAUACUACAGCAUUAAUCGAUGCUUAUCGUCUUUCUUCUUUCCUUAAACAGAGGGAUUGCAAUUUUGGCUGGUGUUGUACAGAGAAACUGGCCUUGUUUACGUGCUUUCUCUCUGUUUUUCUUAAUUUCUUUCUUCAGUUGUAACUUAUUUUUAACAAUAAAAUUUUUUUGACUUUGGA